UCUCAAAUUUUAGAAAAGCAGGGGCAUCCUUGAUGCUAUAAAAGAGAACAACCCCGGAUGGCAUGGCAGCAAAAAACAUUGGUGCCACUUCCAUAUUGAUAUACGUACUUAGCAACAAUGGCUAGAAUUCCUCUAUUCCUUCCCCUCCUAAUCCUGCUGAGCCUCAUCACACACUCUCACGCUGGUGGCAUUGCCAUCUACUGGGGCCAAAGUAGCUACGAAGGAAGCCUAACGGAAACAUGUGCGACAGGAAAAUACUCCCAUGUAAUCAUAUCUUUCCUAGACCAAUUUGGCAACGGCCGAACCCCAGAAAUCAACCUUGCGGGUCAUUGCAACCCGGCAUCCAAUGGGUGCACCGUAAUCAGCAAUGGCAUAAGAAGUUGCCAAGCUCGAGGAGUUAAGGUGCUGCUCUCCAUUGGAGGAGGAAUUGGAAGUUACUCUCUAGCUUCUUCAUUGGAUGCCCAAAACGUAGCUGAUUAUUUAUGGAACAAUUUCUUGGGUGGGCAAUCACCUUCACGUCCCCUAGGCGGCGCCGUAUUUGAUGGCAUAGACUUUGACAUAGAGCUCGGCUCAACAUACCAUUGGGCGGAUCUUGCUCGUUGCCUAAAGGCGUAUAGCCAGCCAGGAAGAACGGUGUUGUUGAGUGCAGCUCCUCAAUGUCCAUUUCCAGAUAUGUUUCUUCGUAACGCUCUUAACACAGGGCUUUUCAACUACGUUUGGGUUCAGUUCUAUAAUAAUGUUCCAUGCCAGUACAGUGUGAGUAACAUCAAUGACCUUAUAAGUUCAUGGAACCGUUGGACUACAUCCAUAAAUGCAGGGAGUGUAUUUAUAGGGUUGCCGGCAGCUCCAAGGGCGGCCGGAAGCGGGUAUAUUCCACCCAGCGUGCUGACUUCUCAAAUCCUUCCACUGAUAAAGCAGUCACCUAAGUAUGGAGGCGUGAUGCUUUGGUCCAAGUAUUUUGAUGAUAGGAGUGGAUAUGGUUCCUUCAUCAUGGGGAGUGUAUGAGGUUUACUACUUCGAGUGGGCUACACUCCAAUCAUUAUAGAAACAUAAUAUCCCUUUUCAUUCUAUGGUAUUGUAUAUGUGGUUUCUUAGCCUCAAAGGGGGAAAUAAAUAGAUUGGGAAUUUUAGGUUUGCAUGGAUUGAUAGUUUGUACUUGAAUGCUUCUUAUAAAUAAAUAAAUGUUUAGCCUAUGUUUUCUAAA